AUGGGAGUGGUAAUUAAUUACGGGGGACAUAAUUAUUACAAGGGUGCUCCAAAAGCUUCAAAGGAAGCUGCUAGUUUUACUUCAGAUCCUUCGUCUUAUUCAACCUCAACUUCAGUUCCCACAAACCUUGAUUUAGAAAUUGUUUAA